AUGAGAGUGCUGAAGAAGUGCGACGGCGGCCCCGCCUCUGGCCGGCGACCAGGAAGUAUCAUAGCCGGAGGAAGUCCGGCAGGUUUGGAAUUUCUGGCGGAUAUCGCCGCUGCGGUCAGUGAUUGCGAGGAGUUGUGCGGGUGCGGACACUCCGACCCGCGCAUUUGUUUCUUGACGGUCAAGAAACGUAAGUCUCUGUUUCUCCAAACCCACCAUUCCCUUCUCCAACGAAGCCCUAGCAACCCUCCGAUCAAUCACCGGCCAAACGCCGACCGUUCUCUUCUCCUCCGAAACCAUAGAAACCCUCCGAUCAAGCUCGUGAUCAAGCACAAACCACUUCCUGAACAACAACAUUCCGCCGUCAAAGUCUCCGUCUUUCCUCCUUCCCCUGCCGUCGUUGCCCCUGUUUCACUUCCACGGAAGCCACUGCCCGCCGCAAUUCCUCCAUCCACCGUCUCCCCAGCUGCGGCAAAUCGUCAAAUUCCGGUGGGUUUCACUGCUCCGCUUCCGAAUCCACGGCAGGAAGAAGAAUUUCCCCUGAGCCUAAAAGCUAGGGUUUCUGCAACCGUCGGCGGAGAAGGAGUCUGUUCCUUGGCGAGCAAGUUUUGUCUGGUGAUUCGGAAGAAACUAAGGGACACUGAUCUCAGGCUCAACCACAACCGUCUUUCGAUUCCCGGGAGGCAGAUAUCAACCGGGUUUCUCGAAUUUCUAACGGACGAAGAAAGACGGGAGCUGAAGAUUGGCGGGAAGAUCAAGCUGGCGUUUUUCUUGGACCCAGAUUUCCAAAUCGCUGCAUCAUCGUCAUCAUCAUCAUCAUCUCCCUCCGCCGAAGGAUGCAAACUGGGGAGAUGGAAAAUGAACUCGAGCGAAGUCUACAUUGUGAACGGCGGCGGGUGGAAAUGGCUGCUUAGGAAGAAUCAGCGGAAACUGUUGAAUUUGAGUCCGGGAGAUGAGAUGGAGUUGUGGGGAUUCAGAACUGUAAACUCAGGGGAGCUCUGUUUCGCAUUCAUCGCCGCCGACACGAGAAGAAGAGCUGCCGAGAAGGAAAUUAGGGAAAGUGGAAAUUCUGAUUGUGAUGAGAAGCCGGUAGAGCAAGAAUCUGCCGUGGCAGCCAUGGGAAGGACUGAGUAUGGAAGCAGUCAAAUGGACAGCAGCAGCAAUAGCAGCACUCUCACUCAUCAAGAGCAAGAAGAACAAGGACGACACCUUGUUCUUGAUCUGUCACUUAGAAUGUAG